AACUUUGUUAAACGUAGGCUUGAUCCCAAUCAUCAUGCAUGAAUGAGUAGCACACGUAUCUCACAUACGUGGCAACGCAGGACAAGCAGUCAACCUGCAUGUCUGCCACGUGUCUAACACUACACCUCUCUUUAUAUACACACAAAGACAUCUUCUUGACUUGCAAUCCCAACAUUAAGGUGCUUGAAGUUGAAGAGGAGAGAUGCAGGCAGCUAAGGAGAAGAUGAAGGACAUGGUGAGCGUGGCUAAAGAGAAGGUCAAGAAACAUACGGCCAAGGCUGAGGAGAAAGCCGAAAAGGUGACAGCAAGGACGGAGUUGGACAAGGAGAUAGCCCAUGAGAAGUCUAAGGCCAAGCAAGCUGAGGCUAAGAUGGAGCUCCACCGUGAAAAAGCUGACCACCGGGCUGAGAAACUUUAUGGUGGCAUACACCACCACCAACCACCUGUCACCGCCGCUGGAACCACCACUUAUCCGGUCUCCGGCGGUAAACAUCAUAACCAACCAACUGUUACCACCACAGGAACCACCACCACCACCACUUAUCCGGUCUCUGGCGCGCCACCGAGUAGCAAGUAUUACUAGGGACUUCUGCAGUAAUAGUAAUGAGCUUCUUGUGUUUUACUAAGGAACAAUAAAAAUAAGCUUUCUGUUUCACAGGUAAAGGUCAGUAUGUUUCUCUUGAAACAGCUCUUGAUCUUUGAGAUUGUAUACAAAUGGUUGGUAAUAGAGAUGAGAACUAUGUGCACAAACAGGAUGUUAACAAGCUUCUUCGUAAAUGAAAAUAACUGUAUUUCUCUUGAGAAAACAACGAUCUUAAUCCACAGAUAAACAUCAUGAAUUUUUUUGAGCUUGUAUACAAAUGGUUGAGUAAUGGUGAUAAGAGCUAAGUGCGGAGACGGAAAAGCAGAACACACACCUGAGAUUGUGAGGAAGAGAACAGGUUAGGGUCAUUUUAGUAGUGGAAGAAAUCAAAGGACAUAAGAUCCUUCACACCCACUGUGUCCUGCCUUGGUACACUAAGUUCUGGUGGAUGUUCCCAUCCAUGGAAAUAGUUUUUUCUUUGAUGGCUGCUGACUUGGUGCUGCACCUGACCUUAAACUUCACUAAUAUUUGUGUUGUUUGGUUUCCUGGUAAUGGAAUCUCAUUCAAGAGUUCAUCUGCUACCAUCUUCAUCUAUUCGAAAUCAUCUCUUGCACACCACCUUAG